AUGUGGAACAUUUUAUAUGUGCAGACACGCUGGGUUCACAGCUCAGCACGCCUCCUGAAGAAGAGUGGUACUGAACACAGGUGGAUGGUGCGGCAGAUGAGAGAUCCUUUCGUUAAAGCCGCUCAGUCUCAGAAUUACCGCUGCAGGAGCGCAUUUAAACUGCUGGAACUGGAUGAGAAAUACUGCCUACUGAAACCUGGAUUCAGUGUUAUAGACUGCGGUGCUGCACCUGGAGCAUGGAGUCAAGUCGCUGUGCAAAGGGUCAACUCAACUAGGGAAUGGCCAGAUUUACCCACAGGGACUGUAAUUGGAGUAGAUCUGCUGCACAUUGCUCCUUUGGAAGGUGCCAACUUUCUGUCCAACUCGGAUAUUACCAGUCCUACCACUCACACAGAGCUGCAGAGGCUCCUUCCUCAAGCCUAUGCUGAUGUCAUCCUCAGUGACAUGGCACCUAAUGCCACUGGGCACAGGGAGCUGGACCAUGAGAGACUUGUGUUUAUGUGUCUUUCCUUGCUGGAACUGGCACAAAAGUUGCUGCGACCUGGAGGUUCUCUGCUCUGCAAGUACUGGGACGGAGCACUUACACAUAAGCUCAAAGAGGGUCUGACUCGUGCUUUUCAAGACGUGAGGACUGUGAAGCCCAAAGCGAGCAGAAAAGAGUCAGCCGAGCUGUAUUUCCUGGCCAGGACGUUCAGGAAAAUGUAG